AUGGCUGCCUUCGGCUUAACGGUCAUCCGGCAUGGAGAAACAAGAUACAACAAAGAGAAGAUAAUGCAAGGUCAGGGUGUGGACGAGCCUCUGUCAGACACUGGGUUCAAGCAAGCCAAUGCAGCUGGGAUGUAUCUCCGUCAUGUCAGAUUUACUCAUGUCUUCACCAGUGAUCUGCUUCGGGCAAGGCAGACCACAGCCUCCAUCCUGAGAAAUAGCCAGCACUGCAAAGACAUUCCUGUAAAAUGCGACGCCCGCCUUCGAGAACGAAAUUACGGAGUGGCGGAAGGAAGGCCAGUCGGUGAUCUUAAGGCCAUGGCCAAAGAAGCCGGGCAGCCAUAUCUCUCUUUUACCGCUCCUGGAGGAGAAACCCUGGAUGAAGUCAAAGCCCGGGCCAAGGAUUUCUUUGAACACAUUUGCCACCUGGUGGCCCAAGAGGCCUGUCUGGAAAACCAACUUGCCCCGAGGGCAGAAUUCAACGCAGAAACGGCGGAAGGAACCUCCGCCCCUUCGUUGCCAAACCGCCGGGCUGGGCUGGCCCGCGAUGCCAAUUCCGAAGGAGCCGCAGGAGGGCUGGCAGCCAACAUCCUGGUUGUGAGUCAUGGGGCCUACAUGAGGAACUGGCUCGGCUACUUCGUUUCAGAGCUGCGGUGCACCUUGCCCGCCACGUUGACAAAGGCUGAAUUGUCUUCGCUGACUCCCAAUACGGGGAUUAGCCGCUUCCUUGUCAAACUGGAAGUGAGAGAGGAGGGCCUUCAGCCCAAAAUCCACUGCCUCUUUCUCAACCAAAGGGAUCACUUGCACGCCCUAAGUGACAGCUGAGAGCAUGCAGCCCGAAAACUUAACAUGGGCAGGAAUUAUUUGUUCCCCCGUGGCCUCGUAAUCAUCUUUUCAGUCG